AUGGUAAAGUCACAGGAAUCAAUUAAGGAGGAAACUGUUGAGAAUCUUACGGUAGUUGAGGAAGAAGAAGACGAUGAAGUCACCCGAUGCGUGUGCGGAGAGACCGACCCUCCUGACGACUCAGGCUUGUAUAUUCAAUGUGAGCAAUGUAGUGUAUGGCAACAUGGAUACUGUGUUGGUAUCACGGAAGGCGAAGACAGUGCACCGGACAAAUAUUGGUGUGAGCAAUGCAAACCCGAGUUGCACAGCUUGUAUACUACGGAUUUAGGAGAGCAUCGUUCGAUAUACAAGCCCGUACAGCAACGUAAGAGACAAAACCGGCGCUCACGGCGUGAAGAAGAGUCACAGACCGACGCAACCGAAGGCGAAGAUUCUACUGUGGCAGCUGAUACCACUAGCGCAGUCGAGGACGAAAGACCACGCAAGAGACACCAAAGAAGGAAGGCUGGGCAAGCGGCCAAAAUUGAGCCAGAUGAGGAAAAGAGAUCUUUGGAUAGGAAACGGGCGACUUCGUCUGCUCGUGAAGAAAAGCAAUACCAGCUAAUGCUCGAAAAGGCCCUAAAGGAGAGCAGAAGAACGUCACAACCAGACGAGGAGCCUACCAAUCCCGGGAGUGCCGAAGAAGCGAUUCGCGAGGAAGCGCCUGCCAGGCGCUCAAAAUCAGGCUCGGCAUCUGGUACGCCGGCAACGUCAUCGGAAGAUGAUUCAAGGCGGAGAGCGAGACGCGGUACUCAGCGCAAGCCCAGGAACCGGGGCUCUUCUUACAUGUCUUCUAACGAGAGUUCUUCGGGCUCGACAUCAGAUAUCGGAAUCACAAAGCCUGUCAAGCCCAGGAUACCCACACAGAAGACCACGCUCAACGAAAUGAGACGCCGUGUAAGCGCAAUUUUGGAAUUUAUUUCCAGAACGCAACUUGAACUCUCUCAAGAUCAAAUGGAGAAGAAUCAGUUGGUGGAAUUUGUUGAAAACGAAGCAUUUAUACAAAGAGUGGAGACAAUUUUUAACAACUAUGAUAAUAGCCUCAAGAUCAUGGACGACUUAACAAGAACACUCUUGUUAUGGGAAAAAAAAUAUGCCUGCGAACAAACUUCGUGA